AUGGCGAAGGUCGACCAGAAGGCAGUCCUCAUCGUCAUCGACGGCUGGGGCGUUGGCUCCGAGCAGUCGCGCAAAGAUGGCAAUGCCAUCCUCGCCGCGGACACACCGACCAUGGACGAGUUCGCAAAGAAUGGCUCCAAGACAGCCCAAGGAUACACCGAGCUAGAAGCGUCUUCUCUCGCUGUCGGCCUUCCCGAAGGCUUGAUGGGCAACAGCGAGGUCGGCCACUUGAACAUCGGCGCUGGCCGCGUCGUGUGGCAGGACUCGGUCCGCAUCGAGCAGACGAUCAAGAACAACAAGUUAAAGGACGUCGAAACCAUCAAGAAGUCCUUCCAGCGCGCAAUCGACGGAAAUGGAAGGCUUCACUUUUGCGGCCUCGUCUCCGACGGUGGUGUUCACUCGCACAUGGAUCAUCUAAUUGCGCUCCUCAAGGUUGCAAAGGCUCAAGGUGUUCCAAAGGCCUACAUCCACUUCUUCGGUGACGGUCGCGACACUGAUCCCAAGUCCGCCGUCGGCUACAUGGAAACCGUGUUGAAGGCUACCAAGGAGAUUGGACUAGGAGAUAUCGCUACAGUGGUCGGCCGCUACUACAUCAUGGACCGCGAUAAGAGGUGGGACAGGGUCGAGAUCGGUAUGAAGGGACUGGUGACCGGAGAGGGAGAAGAUAGCAGCGAUCCCGUAGCAACCAUCAAGGAGAGAUACGCAAAGAACGAAAACGAUGAGUUCUUGAAGCCUAUCAUUGUGGGUGGAAAGGAGCGAAGGAUACAAGACAACGACACUGUUUUCUUCUUCAACUACCGCUCCGACCGUGUUCGCGAGAUCACCCAGCUGUUGGGCGACGUCGACCGCUCACCCAAUCCCGAUUUCCCAUACCCCAAGAACAUCGACCUCACUACCAUGACAUCAUACAACCCCAAAUACACCUUCAAUGUUGCAUUUGAGCCCCAACGCAUGACCGAUGUCCUUGCGGAAACACUGGGAAAACAAGGUGUUAAGCAGUGCCACGUCGCAGAGACGGAAAAGUAUGCUCACGUCACCUUCUUCUUCAACGGUGGUGUCGAGAAGCAGUUUGAGAACGAAGAGCGUGAGAUGGUCCCAUCACCCAGGGUGGCCACGUACGAUCUACAGCCAACAAUGAGCGCCAUGGCCGUCGCAGAUAAAUUGUGUGAGAGGAUCCAGACUGGCAAAUUCGAGUUCUUGAUGAACAACUUUGCGCCACCAGACAUGGUUGGUCACACUGGUGUCUACAAGGCUGCCAUUGAAGCCUGCGCAGAGACCGACAGGGCUAUCAAGAAAGUAUACGAGCAGUGCAAGCAGAGCGGAUACGUUCUCUUUGUCACUUCUGAUCACGGGAACGCCGAAGAGAUGCUCACAGAGGAGGGCACGCCCAAGACCUCGCACACUACUAAUAAAGUCCCCUUCGUCAUGGCCAAUGCACCUAAGUCCUGGAGCCUAAAGAAGACCAGCGGUGUUCUUGGAGACGUCGCACCCACCGUGCUUGCUACCAUGGGACUCUCACAGCCCGGGGACAUGGACGGCCACAGCUUGCUCGUCAAAUCAUGA